GACGUAACUACCAAGAUGUCAACAGAGCAGAAGCAAACGGUGGAUUACACGAAAGAAGUAGACGCUUUAUUAAGCGAAUUAAGAAAUGAUGAUGACAUUAGCCAAUCAAUUGAUAGAAUAUCAGUCUUAGAGAAGAAAUCUAGAAAUGCAGCUGACUUGAAAUCCACAACUAGACUCCUCGUAAAGGCGGUUGAAUUAGCAAUUCACCAACGUAAUACUACAAAAUUGAAGGAAAUAGUAACCAGUUUCUCAAAAAAACAUGGUCAAAUGCGUACCGCUAUUGUCGAAUUAGUCAGAGCUGCUUCAUCGAUAUCUGACGAAGAACAAACUGAGGUUUAUACAUUACAAGGGAGUGAAAGGGAAGAUCUCAUCCAAUCCCUUAGAGUUGUUACAGAGGGUAAAAUGUUCCUCGAGGCUGAAAGAGCUAGAUUAACUUAUAUACUCGCUCAAGUACUUUUGGCACGCAAUGAAACGCGUAAAGCUAGGGACGUUUUAGCUGAACUUUCAGUAGAAACGUUUGGCUCUUUAGAUAGACGCCAGAAGACUGAGUAUUUGCUUCAACAAGCUUUCCUCAACGCACAAAUCGGUGAUUGGAUGCAAAUGAAGAUUGUUACGAACAAAAUCAACACCAAGUUCUUCCAAGAGGAUAACACCCAGGAACACAAAUUGAGAUACUACGAGUACUUGAUUAGAUAUGCAAUUCACAAUGAUGAAUACCUCAAUGCUUGUAGAUAUUACAGGGAGGUUUAUGAUACUGAAGUCAUUAAGAGUGAUUCAUCAAGAUCAAAAGUUGUUUUAGAGAACAUAGUGUACUUUGUUUUAUUGGCACCUUUCAAUCACGAACAACAUGAUUUACUUCACCGUAUAUUUAAUGAUCCAGUAUUCAACACACCAAAACUUCAAUAUCAAUAUAAUCUUUUGAAAUGUUUCACAACACCUGAACUUAUGAGAUGGGCAGGAUUAGAAGCUUUAUAUGGUGAAAUGUUAAAGUCGACAGAUGUUUUCAGCAACAGAUCAACAGAUGGUAAGGGUCAAUCUAGAUUUUCAGAGUUCCACAAGAGAGUUUUAGAGCACAACAUAAGGGUUGUUUACAAGUAUUACACAAAAAUAACAUUAAAAAGAUUACAAUCAUUUUUAGAAGUUGAGGAGAGAGUAGUAGAAGAAAUGUUGAGUAAUUUAGUUGAGAAUGGUACUAUCUACGCCAAGAUAGACAGACCAGCUAAAGUAGUAACAUUCACAAAACCAAAGAAAACAGAAGAUGUUUUGAAUGACUUUACAAACAACAUUGGAAGAUUGUUAUCGUUAGUAGAGACUGUAAACUAUCAAAUUGAGAAGGAGAAAGCAGUACAAGAAGCAUUUAAAUAAAUUUAAUAAAAAA